AUGGCUAAAAGAGCAGAUGUGAUCCUUGGAUGGAUAAACAGAGGAAUAACGAGCAGCAAAGUAUAUGUCACAUGGAGUGAGGAGAAAGAGGAAACCGACGUACAUCUCAUGGAGAAAGGAGAAGGGGAAAAUCAAACGUCUAUCACCAAAUUCAUCCUGCUGGGAUUUGGGAACCUCCCUGAACUGCACAUUAUUUUCUUCCUGCUCUUUCUAGUGAUCUACAUAGUCACCAUGGCUGCGAACAUGCUCAUUGCGGCACUAGUUGUGGCUGAUCAGCACCUUCACACCCCCAUGUACUUCUUCUUGGGAAACUUGUCCUGCUUGGAAAUCUGCUACACCUCCACCAUCCUGCCCAGGGUGCUGGCCAGUCUCCUGACUGGAAACAGGACCAUUUCUGUCAGCCAAUGCAUCAUACAGUUUUACUGCUUUGCUCUGCUACUGACCACUGAGUGUUAUCUGCUAGCUGUAAUGUCUUUUGAUCGCUACUUAGCAAUAUGUAAACCGCUGCACUAUGUCACCCGUAUGAAUGGCAGGUUCUGUAUCCAGCUAGCAGCUGGAUCUUGGAUAAGUUCAUUCAUACUUAUUAGCAUAUUAAUAUCUUUGGUGUCGCAAUUAGCAUUCUGUGGCCCUAAUGAAAUUGAUCAUUUUUUUUGUGAUCUCACCCCAGUCAUUAAACUCUCCUGCAGUAACACCAGUCUGGUUACCCUGGUGACCCUCAUAUUCGCCUCCAUAGACACUGUCCCUCCAUUUCUUUUGACCCUGACAUCUUAUGUUUAUAUCAUCUCCACCAUCCUGAGAAUCCCUUCUACCACUGGGAGGCAAAAAGCAUUUUCUACCUGCUCCUCCCACCUUAUUGUGGUUACAAUUUUCUAUGCAACCCUAAUUACUGUCUACAUAUUACCAAACACCGGUGCACUCAGAGCCCCAAACAAAGUGUUUUCUGUCCUUUACACAGUCUUUACACCCCUGAUCAAUCCCCUCAUCUACAGCCUGAGAAACAAAGAGGUAAAGGAGGUGCUGAGGAGAGCUCUCCAGAAAUGUGAUAUUUCAAUGCCAAGAGCUGAACAUGAGGACAGUAGUCAAGAAGGGGAUGUGCCAACAGUAUCAGAUGUAGCAGAAGAUCCUGUUUACGAUCAAGAAACUCAACAGCAACAGGAAGAUGUAGAUCUUAUGCAGCAAGAGAAAUUCAUCAGUACUACAGAUUGCUCUCACAAGGAAGAGACUACUAUGGUUAUUCGAUAUAUUAAAAUUGUAGACAGCUCAAAAUUUUCAAUUGAAGAAAAGUUUAUUUUGUUUGAUAAUUUCACAAGAAAAACUGGAAAAGAAAUUGCUGCUCAAGUACUAACAAAUCUAGAACGUUUUAAGUUAGAUUUUCAAGUCUGCAUUGGUCAGGCCUAUGACAAUGGAGCUAAUAUGGCUGGGAAGUACAAAGGUGUACAAGCAGUUCUGCUUGAGCAUAAUUAA